AUGCGACAACGGUACCGUACACCGUAUCAUUACUUACUCACACCUCAGCCUGCACUGUGCGGCAGAACGCCGACUUGCUACAGACGCACCCCCACCCACCCCCCAUCUUCCGCUGUUGCCUCACACACACACUCCCCAUCCAUCCCAAAUCCUGCCUCCUCUCACAACCCCGACAACGCCAUAAACAUUGACGACGACGCACAAUCGCUCCGAAUUCCUGAUAUCCUUGCCACGGCCUCACGACGAAGCAGAGGGCUAGCCGCUGCCGGAACCCCUAGCCCUGACAGCGACGACCUGGCCACCGUCGUCCUGCCUCUCCCCAAGUCGUUGCCGAUGGCCUCCUCAAAGGAAAUGCUGCCCGCCUCCAGGCCACCGCCGCAUCAGCGUCCCUCUCUCUCGAACUCCUCUCCCUCUGGUGGCCUCGCCGGCCGUCAAACCCACGCCCGAACAAACUCCAAUUCCCUCCUCACGAGUUCCCUGAACGUCAAUCACCGGGUGAGCCGACGCAAGUCGGUAACCAACCCCGCUCACAACGUUGCCGCUCUCACGGCUGCCAUUGCCAGCGGCGAGCAAUCCGUGGCCAUGCCCAUUGCCAACGGCAGCCGGCGCAAUACAUUCUCCAAGUCGAGGGUCGGCAGCCUUCCCUCCCCGCCGGCCAGCCUGCCGUCCCAAAAGAUGUUGCCGGAUGCGAAGGAUAGUGCGAUCGACGACGAGCUUCCCGAAGGAUCUGGGGACGAGGGGCCUGCCAAGUACCAGAAAGCGCGUAUGAGGCGUGCGAGUGACGGUCAGCCACUGGCAAAGGACUCUGCCAAGAAGAUGAACCGCGUCGAGGUUCGCUGCGAAAAAUGCGGCAAGGGCUACAAGCACAGCAGCUGCCUGACAAAGCAUCUCUGGGAGCACACCCCCGAGUGGUCGUACACCUCGAAACUGCUCAUCUCCAAGCACCAGCAGGUGCAGCUGCUGGAGGCGGCGUCGGUCCUCGUUGCCAUGAACGGCAAGGAGAGCGAGGCAACGCCGCCUGACUCGGCCAAAGAUUCCGCGAGCGAGCUCGACUCGGCCUCGCCCGCUGCCUCGCCUUAUUCGGAGCAGGCAGAGCGCCAGAGCUCGACCGAUACCACGCCGCCGCCGAUGGCCGAGGCCUUCAGCUUCGGAGCCUUGUCCUAUCGUGACAGGUUUAACAACGUCGGUGCCGAUUUCCCGCGGAGCCAUCAAUCGCCGUCGCUGAAGCCGUCUCUCCUCUCGGGUGGCAUCUCCAGCCCGGCUUUCGGGCAUUUCCGGCAGCCCAGCCACGAGCGGCGCCCACCAUCGUCGGGGGCAAACAGGACCGGCCAAGAGGACCGCGACCUGGCCGCGGCCGUCGAGCUCCUCAGCUGCAGCUUCGGAAGCAACAAUGGCUCGUACGCCACCAUGACGCUGGCGGCGGAUGCGCCCCCCGUGCCGCCUGUCCCGGCCCAGUACCGAGGUCAGGACCUGUCCCUGUCGAGCACGGCCUUUAUCAACAGCUUCCCGAGCCGGCAGCCGGAGAGCUUCACCAGAGGCGAGCUGCGACGCGGUAGCGAGGACGUCAAGAUGGAAGACAGCGGCGACGACGACGACUUCGACCUGCGAUCUCGCGCCCGGAGCGACGAAGACGACGAUGGUGUUUUCGGUCGCAUGGAGGAGUAA